UCCUCCAUGUUCCUUUUCUACCCUGACCUAAAUUUCUCAGUGUUAAUCCCUGUGAUAAGUCAGAGGAUUUGCCCUUCUCACACUUUCCCACCACUAGGUAGCCUCUCCUUUCUCUUACCUCUUUUAGGAGGAAUUGGGGCUGAAGUGUCAAGACCUGUGGCUACAAAGGAGAUGAGGGCCUCAGGAGCAAUACUGCUGGUGGUACGGCCUUAGCUCCUGUUGGGUUCUUAUCUAACUGUGUUGCUACUGGCAGACUCUCUGGAAGCUGCUGGGGGAUGUCUGACUAGCUCCAAUGGAGCUCCACUAUCUUGCUAAGAAGAGCAGCCAGGCAGCCCUGUGUGAUGCUGUGGACUGGAGUUCAGGAGGGCUUCCCAGGGACCAGGCAGAUGCAGCAGCCACUAAAGCUGCUCUCUGCUGCCAGAGACACUGUACGUCGACAUCAAGAGCACCAGAGAUGGAAGGGUCUAAACUUAGCCCUUCUCCAGCAUCCCCUUCCCCCUCACUGCAAGACAGUGCUAUUCAGCCAGACUUCUUGCCACCAGGGCUUCUCAACUCAGGGAACAACCAAAUAACAGCAGAACAGAAAGUCUGCAACUGCUGUAGCCAGGAAUUAGAAACCUCUUUUACCUAUGUGGAUGAGAAUGUCAACCUGGAGCGAAGGAACCGGCGCUCCCCUUCAGCAAAAGGGAGUAAGCACCUGGGAGACCUUGGCUGGGGAAAUCCAAAUGAAUGGUCCCCCGAGGCUGCCAUAUCGCUGAUAUCCGAAGAUGAAGAUGAUACAAGCUCGGAAGCCACCUCUUCAGGGAAGUCAGUAGACUAUGGUUUCGUAAGCGCCAUCUUGUUCUUGGUCACUGGCAUCUUGCUGGUGAUCAUCUCUUACGUUGUCCCACGGGAUGUGACUGUGGAUCCCAACACUGUGCCGGCCCGGGAGAUGGAACGUCUGGAGAAGGAGAGCGCGAGGCUGGGGGCUCACCUGGACCGCUGUGUGAUUGCCGGCCUCUGCCUUCUCACGCUUGGGGGGGUCGUUCUUUCCUGUUUGCUAAUGAUGUCCAUGUGGAAGGGGGAGCUGUAUCGGCGUGACAGGUUUGCCUCUUCCAAAGAGUCUGCGAAACUCUACGGUUCCUUCAACUUUAGGAUGAAAACUAGCACUAAUGAAAACACCCUGGAGCUGUCCUUGGUAGAGGAAGAUGCUCUUGCUGUACAGAGUUAAUUCUGGUUGGGAACUUCUUGAGAGUCUGCCUUGGCAUUUUAUAUGAACUGAACAAAGCAAAGCAAAACAAAACACAACACAUUUCUUAAAAUUAACAGUGCUUUGCCUGGAGAGGAAAGUCUGUUUCCCAAACGAACAGCCAGUGAGUGUUUUUGUUCUCUAUGUACUUUUAUUUAGAAGAAAAGCCAUGUAAGAUGCAUUAAGAAACCACAACCAGCUUCACCAGUCCU